ACGAAAUCAGUGUUUUGCCUUAAUUUUAUCGACGUGUACACAUAACCAUGAAGUAAACCACACGGUCGUUUUUUUGUUAACCGAAACAAAUUUGUUCAAAUUUCCAUUUAUAUCAUAGUUCAAUUAACACAAAUUAGAUUAAUUAAUGAUUUUAACCUAUAUUAAGUAACUAAAAAAAUAUUCAUCUUGUUUUACUUAGAAAUAAGAAUCCACUCUUAACAUUGAUGAAAGCCGAUUUCAUUUAAAGUGAAAAAAAAAAACAAAAAUGACGGAAAUGUAUACAACUAUAAUAAACUAUAUACUUCAAACAAAAGAUUCUCUCAAAGAGUUCGUGAAAAGUGAAGUCAAAUACGAUGAAGAAAUUGAUUCAUGGUUAUUCGUAAACAAGCCAUGGCCCGUGCUCGGGAUAAUCAUUGUGUACUUAUUGUUCGUAAUGAAAAUAGGUCCAAAAAUGAUGGAGAACCGACAACCAUACAACAUUACUAAUAUAAUUUUGGUUUUCAACUUUUUACAAUUCUCCUACAACGGUCUACUUUGUUUAUGGAUAAUUUUGACUCCCGGUAUACCAAAGUAUAUAUUUACUCACCUAUGUCAUAUCACUAAUGAAACCCAACACGAGAGAUAUUUAAUAAAAUGUCUACAUACUGUUUCAUGGUUUUACUUCAUGUCCAAGAUCAUUGAUUUGUUGGAUACAGUGUUUUUCGUUUUGAGAAAAAAACAAUCCCAUGUAUCUUUUUUACAUGUUUACCAUCAUACAAAAAUGGUAAUCUCGUGUUGGAUACAUAUAAGAUUUUUUAAAAGCGAACAAGCGGCUUAUGGUGCGUGGCUCAACUCAAGUGUUCAUAUCGCUAUGUACGGGUAUUAUUUCCUUGCUGCUCUUGGACCAUAUAUGCAAAAAUAUCUGUGGUGGAAAGUGUAUGUGACUCGAUUACAAAUUGCUCAACUAUUCAUUGCAGUAGCUUAUAUGGCUUAUCUAUAUAAAUAUGACUGCACCAUGCCACGAUCGUUGGCAUUUACCGUAAUUAUCGAUCUCUUUGCAUUUAUUUAUUUGUUCAUGGAUUUUUAUAAAUCCGCUUAUAAGGAAGAUAAAUUAAACACCAAAGGCAUAGCUGACAAAAACAAUAAAGAAGAUAAAAUUGACAAAAUAGAUACCGAAGAUAAAAUCAAAUCGUCAUAAGCGUUGGUUCUGUUCAUAUAUAAUUCGCUAUA